UUGGAAAUUACUCGUGACUCUCCACUAACUGGACAUCCAGUUUUAUGAGAAAUAGUGCAAAGUUGUUGUCUAUCAACAUCCUUUUCUAGCUUAUCAUGCAUUCGUCAAACUGUCACAAUAUCAAAAUGUCAUAAGAACAUCGACACUUUUUGAUACUCACUUCAUACGAGUCUUGGUAAAUGAGACGAUUUUUGGGGUUUAGUGAAACGUCGGGUAGGAGGAGACUUCAAACUUUAAACAAACAAAAUAAAUCUACAAAGGUCAUAAACAUGAACAUUAUACAUUUUAAUAGUGAAUAAUAGAUAAUACUUAAGGAAAAGUAUAUAGUUUACGAUGAAAAUUAAGAGACAUUGUGCUUAUCGAUAUCGAUAAAGUGUUUGAUGGCGGAGGAAAGGACUGACUACAUUUUAAAGAAGAACGUUAUGUUGGAGGAGGAGAAAAUCUGUUUCGAAUGAGUGGUCACUUCAGAGUCACAGUUUGGGACCCUGCGCUAAUCCUUUCCCAAAUUGUGUGCAUUCAGUCUUGCUUCUACUUCACAUUUGGAGCCUUACUUAUCCUGACAGCGUUAGGAACAGGAAUAGACGUCAAUCUUUUCAACGUUUUUAGUCACAAGGCCGUCAAUUUUGGUGACCGCGCUGGAAUCUUGACUGUCGUUUGCUACGUGCUGAAUGCUCUGGCAGGAUCCGUGGGGUUAUGGAGGGUUGUAAAAAGGACAAAGCAGUGUCUUGAUUUUUCUGUAACGUGUUACCUGAUUCACUUGCUGUUGUCAUCCUUGUACAACGGAUCUUUCCCAUCGUCGCUGUCCUGGUGGCUUCUGACCAUAGCUGGAGUAACUGUUAUGUGCGUUUGUGGCGAAUUUUUGUGUCUUCGAACGGAACUCAAAGAUAUUCCAUUACUAGGAUCAAAAGUGGAGUUGUAAUAGUAUCCACGCAUGUAUGUAGCGUAAAUAUGUAGUAGUCAAAUGAGAUGGUCAAUUACUAAGCUGUAUUUAUUAUUGAUAAGAUCAGUGAAGUAUUUAUAUACAGUGAUCAAUACUCAGAAAAUAUGAAAUAAGACUUAAUUACUUUAAUACACUACUAAUAUGUCCUAUGCCGUAUUUUUUUAGUUCAAUAUAUAUAAUACCAACCCAAUCAUAAACUCUUGUUGUAUUUCCAUAUGUAUAUAAAUAUGAGAUAGAGGAUAAUAGAGAUAAAAACUUAAGAGACGCAC